AUGGCUGCAAGCACACUUCAAACCAAAUCCAUCAGUUCUGAAAAGUUCGUUGAAAGCUGCGGUGCUAUCCUAUUUGACCUAUCAGAUCUCACCGACAUCAAAACAUGCCUGAUACAACACAAAGACUCUGGGGAAUGGCACUUCGCCAAAGGCCGCCGCAACCAGGGUGAAGCCCGCAAAGAUGCAGCAGUUCGCGAGGUCAUGGAAGAAACCGGAUUUCGCUGUCGCUUGUUGCCACUCACCAUGCCGACUAGAGCCACGCCGGUUGACGCUCACGCAGAUGUACUUGACAAGGCUCAAGUGUGCGAGAACCUUACAGAGCCUUUCAUGUGCCAUAUACGCACGCUGAAGAACGGAAAGGGCACCAAGAUGAUCUGGUGGUUCGUUGCAGCCCUGGAAGGGGAUGAGGAUAUGGGAAAGCUACCAGGAGAAGUCAAAUAUCUACCUUCUUUCCUGUCGUGGCGGGAUGCGCUCAAGUCACUCACUUUUCAAAACGACCGAGAGCUGCUGCAGAAAGCCCUGUCGCUGCUGCAGAUGACAUAUUCACGGAUCGAACCUUUAGAUAUGGAACUCAAGCAGUCAAAGCGGAUCCCAGGAAACUCGAGCAGCCCCGGUCAGACCGCAACCAUCUCGAAGAAGGCUGCGCGGAGGGCUGCAAAAGAUGCAAAAGCGGUAAAAAGACAGAGGCUGAAGAAGGAGCACGAUCAGAAAAUCUCAGAAUCAUGA